UUCACUUUUAUACCAUCUACUGCAUGAAUAAUGUUCACAAUUUUCUUACUUACAUUACUUGAUUGAUAACAUUUAUAUUUCUCCAUGUCUGUUAUCUGAUUAGAUCCACAAUAUUUUCUGUGUUGCUAUGACAUAUGCAGAAGAUACACUGUAAAGGUGUGUUGACGUACCUGUCUGUGUGUUAGGUACGUCAAUUGUGCUCGUAAUGAAGAGGAACAGAACCUAAUAGCGUUUCAGCACAAAGGAGGGAUUCUGUAUCGCUCCUGUGGCCUCGUGACUUCAGGAGCAGAGCUCUUGGUCUGGUAUGGGGACGAAUACGCCAGACAUCUGGGAAUCGGAUUUGAUCGACUGUGGAACAACAAGAGCUCUACUAAGGAGGGAAAUCCCAGCUGACACCAGCACAGGCUUUCCCCUGUCCCGAGUGUCCGUACUCCUACACGUCUCAGAUCUUCCUCCACAAACACAUGAAGAGGAGCCACGGCGACCUGUACGGCCGACUGCUGAGGAGUGGAGAAAUCAAGGUGGAGCCUAGUCUCCUCCCAUACGUCGCAGCCUCCUAUCAAGAACCAAUCGGAGCCUCCCCGGGAACCGUCCAAAGCACGAGCCAGAUUCCAGCAGAAGGAGCCGGACGCCACAGAUGUGAGAAGUGCAGUAAAACCUUUAGUCGCUCUGAUAGUCUGAAGAGACACCAGCGCAUCCACACAGGAGAGAAACCAUACCACUGUAAACAGUGUGGGGAAACAUUUAGUCUAUCUGGUGAACUGAAGAGACACCAGCGCAUCCACACAGGAGAGAAACCAUACCAAUGUAAACAGUGUGGGAAAACAUUUAGACAGUCUGGUCAUCUGACUGUACACCAGCGCAUCCACACAGGAGAGAAACCAUACCAAUGUAAACAGUGUGGGAAAACAUUUAGUCAGUCUGGUGAUCUGAAGAAACACCAGCGCAUCCACACGGGAGAGAAACCAUACCACUGUCAACAGUGUGGGGAAACAUUUAGUCUAUCUGGUGAUCUGAAGAAACACCAGCGCAUCCACACAGGAGAGAAACCAUACCACUGUAAACAGUGUGGGAAAACGUUUAGUAGAUCUGAUACUCUGAAGGAACACCAACGCAUCCACACAGGAGAGAAACCAUACCACUGUAAACAGUGUGGGAAAACAUUUAGUCAAUCUGGUCGUCUCAAGCGUCACACACAACUUCACAGAGGAGUCUCCACCCAAACAACCAUGUGAAGAAACUAAAUGGUUC